GCAACUGCCUCGGCAAACAAGCAGCCGGGCGGACAUCCUCCGAGACAGACAUGAAGGCGACUCUGCUGGUGGUUUUGACCGUCUUGUCAUGUGCAGACAGUGACCGCUCGACAUACUGGUCUUGCAGGCACUCUCCAUCACAGUGGUGUUCCUCUGUGGAGUCGGCAGUACAAUGCGGGGUUCUGAAGCAGUGCCUUGAGAGCAACUUCACCAGGUCCCACCAGAAAGCAGAGUCUGUUCAGCUGGCACUAUACUAUGAGAGCCUUUGUCCUGGUUGCAGACAAUACCUCACCCAGAUGGUCUAUCCCACCUGGAUCAUGCUACAAGACAUCCUUGACGUCACUCUGGUGCCCUAUGGCAAUGCAGAGGAAAAGUUGGUUGGAAAGAAGUAUAUUUACACUUGCCAACAUGGAGAGCCAGAGUGUCUCGGCAACAUGAUUGAGACCUGUUUACUGAACCUGACAGGCAGUGCUUCCUUCCACAUCAUCUAUUGCAUGGAAUCUUCCAAUGAUGUCAUCAAGUCUGCCAAGAGUUGUGUGGAUAUCUAUUCCCCUGGUGUGAGUUGGGAGAGCAUCAUGGACUGUGUGAAUGGAGACAUGGGUAACCAGCUGAUGCAUCAGAAUGCCUUGAAGACUCAGGCCCUGAGCCCUCCACAUGACUAUGUACCCUGGGUGACCAUAAAUGGGAAGCACACAGACGACUUGGUGCAAAAAGCCAUGAGUUCUCUCUUACUUCUGGUCUGCAGCAUGUAUCAGGGACCUAAGCCAGAAGCAUGUGUAGAGGGCCAAUGGAGACGGUACAAAAGCUACUGCCACAAUAAGUGAAUAAGUAAUGUUGCACAUGCUUUAACGUUUGUCCUUGGCAAGUGAGGUUUGUUACUUGGAUCACUGUUGGUGCCUUACUCAAACGUAUAGCACAUGUUGAUGUAUUAGCAGUGAGGAAGACAUACAAAUACCUGAGUUUGUGGUUUUUUUUUUUUUUGUUUAUUUACAAAGGAAUAUUGUUGCGUCACUUUAACUCAAAGUGUAUAUAUAAUUGACCUAAUUUCCAAAAACUGCAUUAUCAUUGAAAUGAUGUAUUGUGAAACCAUGAAAGAGGGCAUUCAUAUAAAAUUGAUCUAAUUUCCAAAAACUGCAUUAUCAUUGAAAUGAUGUAUUGUGAAACCAUGAAAGAGGGCAUUGAGCAUGACAUAGACUUUUAAUUGUGAAUACCCUUGGAGUUUGUUCAGUUUUCAAAUUUUACGACAACCAGAUGGUAAUCAACAUCUGUUUAAGAUUUUUACUGUUCUGCAGGCAGGGCUUCAUCUCUUCUUCCUCAAUCCUCAUCCUUUUUUUGACCAGUCUCUUUCCUGAGAGGUGUAGUUGGAGCAAAGAAAAACCAACAGCAGGCACAUGGAGGUUAGCAGGAGACCAGUAGGUGACACUGUUUUGUCAAAUCUUUGUAACGACACACAGGCUGUCCCCCCUCGCCCCCCAAAGCUCUUGUCCACUGACUGACUUUUCCCCAGAAAUAUGCCAUUAAAGUCUGCAAGUCCAUAGGUGAUGCAUGCAGAGGGCUCCAUUUAGGAUCUGGCCAUUUAAAACAAACCUUAACUUUACAGUCUAUUAACAUUGGGCCUCAUGCAUGAAUAUUUUCUUGUUUUUCUCUUAUAUUUGUUCUUGCACAAAUUAAGAGGAAAAUAAGAAAAUCCUACAUGGGAUUCAUGAAACGUGUGCACUGGCCAAUUUUGUUUCGCCCACCUGAGUAUGUUGAUGAAUUGCAUUUGAUCUUGAAUUGGAUGCACAUGCCAGGCAUUUUGCAAUUGGCAUAAGGAAAUGCCCCAUUAAACCCAUAUAUGUAAGGGCAGCAGACUUAAGUCCUAUGUGCAAACCAACAAACCACUGAAGUUUGACAGGUAAUGGACAGACAAAAGAAAGUGGGGGGAGGGGGGAAAAGGUCGACAAAAAUAACUUUGCUCUUUAUUUAUUCUGUAUAACACUUAAAGUAAGAAACUUUGGCCCAUGGUCUUAAAUGAAAACAUUCAAGAUGUCUAAUGUUUUAAUAAAAUCUUAAAAUACAUAAAAUAUUCAAUACUCAAUUAUUAAAUUAAAGUGCAGUGUGAGA